CAAUCAGAAAUCAAAGAUAAAGGCAAGGCAUUGUCAGCUGCCAAUUUUGACAACACCUGGCAGAACAGACAGCUUUUCUCCCUGCCAACACGCCUGAUUGAGUCACCAGAUCAGUCUAUGGAAAAUGUUGGUGGAAUUCCUAAUUGUGUGACCAGUGGAUCACAAUCCCAUGUUGACUCCCAGACACACUUCAAAGUUGUGUUCCGGACUCCAGAUUCAACCAAAACACAGUCACAAACUCUUACUGAAGACAUUUUGGAACUAGACAAGCCAGAGCUUCAGAAGGUGAUCAAAUAUUUUACACAAAGACCUCAUACUGCACAUGGCAGAUUCAGUAAAGAGGAUUUAGAGGCAGCUUUUGAGGCUUCUAUGAUUAAAUACAAACAGUUGUUGAG